AUGCGCGAGGUGAUAACACUACAGAUUGGUCAAUGCGGAAACCAGAUGGGAGGAGAGUUCUGGAAGAUGCUGUGCAAGGAGCACGGGAUAUCAAGCUGUGGGACCCUUCAAGACGAUAGAGAUUUGGGGGAUAGAAAAGAUGUCUUCUUCUAUCAGGCAGACGACAAUGUAUUUGUUCCCAGGGCCAUACUUGUCGACUUGGAGCCUAGAGUUAUAUCUCAGGUUUCAUCCUUCUUCAACCAGGAAAACAUUUUCUUGUCUAACGAAGGAGGAGGUGCAGGAAAUAACUGGGGACAUGGAUAUUACAUGGGGAAGACCAUGGGAAAUGACGUCGUCGACAUGAUCCAAAGAGAGGCCGAGGGCUGCGAUUCUCUUGAGACAUUCUUUCUACUCCACUCCAUAGCAGGCGGAACCGGGUCGGGAUUCGGUUCUUUGAUUCUGGAGAAAAUAAGAGAAGAGUUUCCCAAGAAGAUAAUCCAGACAUACUCCAUAUUCCCUAACAACGAUGAGUCUAGCGAUGUUGUUGUACAGCCGUACAACUCCGUGCUAACUCUCCAAAGGCUUAUAGAGAAUUCAGACUGUAUCAUCACCAUGGAUAAUUCGUCACUUGGGAGAUACACUCUAGAUUCACUACGUAUCAGUACUCCAACCUUCGACCAUAUAAAUCUACUGAUAUCUACAGUUAUGGCUGCAUCCACAAGUACGGUGAGAUUUCCUGGAUACAUGUACUGCACCCAUCAGUCCAUAAACAGUUGUCUUGUUCCCUUCGAUCCGCUUAAGUUUGUUGUCCCAUCAUACACUCCCUUUGCGUGUGACGAAAUGUCCAGAGUUGUCAGGAAAACAACAUGCUCUGACAUCAUGCGAAGGCUUCUGUUGCCAAAAACCAGGCUUGCAAGCUAUGACCAGACAAAGGCACAGGCUGUGGUGUCCAUGCUGAACAUAUUCCACGGUGUUGAGGAUUCAGGAGAGAUAUCUAGAACAGUGAUGAGGUUUCUCGACAAGGGAAUGGUCAACUUUGUUCCUUGGAUGCCCCCCUCCUUCAACAUUGCAUUGGGGAAAAGAAUUAUCGGCAGUACAAGCCCGAAUAGGAUCUCAGGGCUAAGUCUCACGAACUCAACAGGAAUCUCCUCAGUCCUAUCAAAGAUAUCGGGGCAGUUCGAUAAACUCAAGAAGCAGCGUGCGUUCCUAGACAUCUAUAAGAGAUUCGGCGUUGAGCUUGAGAUGUUUGAUCAAGGAAAGGAGGUUGUUCAAAAAACCCUUGAGGAGUAUCAUAAGGCAGAGAUGUCAACAUAUCCAAACAAUUAA